AAUCAAUGGUUAACGUUCAAGCAUCCAGGUUAAGUUGAGAUCAGUGGUAUGGUUUUCUUUUGACGAAAUCGAAGUUUAUGUCAUCCGGUUUAUGUUGCAAUCUUGGCAACGCUAAUGCAAUUACUGAAAUAUGGCGUUAAUUAAAAUUGUGUAAUUUGCGACAAAUCAAUGGCUUAGUCGCAAUAUUCUUGUGAAGAUUUAUUGAACUCUAUUUUCCUUACUGAAUAGACAUAAUUAUAACUUCUUGAAAAAUAUUUCCCAUUGGAAUUAAUGAAUGGCAAUUUCCGUCCAAAACUGUUUGUCACACAGGAAGAAUGGUUGUGAUAAUCUUUUAAAAAAUGAGUGAAAAACGAAAAAUUGGUCCAUGGAUUGAAAGUGGUUACCUGGGCCAUGGAACUUUUGGAAUGGUUCGGCUGUGGUACAAUGAGCAUACAAAACAGCAAAUAGCUCUGAAAACAUGUCGUAAUGAGCCACCAUUAUCUGAAAAGAAUCGUGAGAGAUGGCGACAGGAAGUUCAGUUUCUCAAUCACAUUAACCACCCAAAUAUCAUUAAAACCAUAGAAUUACCUCCAGAACUAGCACAAGAUGAGUUGACUAUAGGAAGUGGUUUACCAGCCUUGUGUAUGGAGUAUUGUGAAGGAGGUGAUCUUCGUAAGACACUGUGUACGUCUGAUAAUUGCUGUGGCUUGAAGGAAGGGAUGAUUAUUCGUGUUUGUGAAGAUAUUGCAAGUGCUAUUGAAUGUCUUCACAAAGCUAAAAUUGCACAUCGCGAUUUGAAACCGGAAAAUAUUGUGAUUUGUCCUGGCAAGAAUCGAAAUACAUACAAAGUCAUAGAUUUGGGUUAUGCAAAGCAAGCAGAUCCAUCUGGAGUUUGGCAUUCUUUCGUUGGAACAAGAUAUUACCUUGCACCUGAAAUUCUAAGUCAGAAAGAGUACACCCUUACGGUCGAUCUAUGGAGUUUUGGCAUUCUUUUGUACGAAUGUUGUACUGGACUUCGACCAUUUCCACCCAAAUUUCAAGGAUUAUUGGAAAAUAAAGAACGCGAAUUUAUUGCUGUAAAAGAAGAAGCGGAUGAUAUGUUUGUGUGCUGUGACAAAUUACCAGAAGUGAAUCGAUUGAAUUGUGUUCUAAGGGAUAAGUUUGAGAAGCUGCUUCGUUUGUUACUUGAUGUAAAUCCCUUACGUCGUGGAAUACUUACAAUAGAAACUGAAACAAUAUCAUGGCAGGACUGCAUUCGCGACAUUCAAAAUACCAAGGUUGUUGAAGUGUUUUCCAUUGACCAACGCAAACAAUAUGUGUACGAAAUCACUCUUCAUCUGAGUUUGAGUGAACUAAAACAUAGGAUUGAGAAGGAUACAAGCAUACCGGUUCGUGAUCAAGAGCUUUUUAUCCAUGAUGGUAGCGAUCUAUCCACAAUUAAUACAAUAAACGAUAAUCUCACCGUAUUUAUGUUUAAUAAAGUUUUUGAUCCAAAGUUGAACAUACUACAAGAGAAUGAUGUACCCAGCACCUUAGCAGACAUGUUAAAUGACCCUGACGGAUUUUCAAAACGUUCUGUGAAAUGUCACAAGGAAGUCUACAAGCACAGUAUCUUCUUCAUUCAAAAGCAAAUUGCUAAUACUGUUUCUUUAAUACGUGGUCGUAAGGCACUUGUAAUUCGUUUGUUGCAAUGGUCCCGUGAGGAAUUCACUUUGAGAUGUGAAAAGGUUGGCCAAAAAAUGACAGAACUUAAGUCCGUUGUUUCUUUCUUUCAACAAAGCCUUCACACUGAUUUAAAAAUUUAUGAACAUAAGCAUCCUGCUUGGGAAAAAUGUGUCAAGAACGAUCUUAUGGACUUUGAAGCAUGGAAACAAGUUGAGAAAAAAAUGAAUGUUGAAAAAAUAUUUGAGGAGGCACAAAAAAUUUUUCAAAGAAGAAAUGAGCUCCAAGCCAAAAUAACCACAAUUAAGAAUAAUGAGCGUGGCAGCAAAACUUCUGAUUCAUCAAGGCAGCAAUUAAAUAAACGAGCAAAUGAAAUUCAGUCCAGAUAUGAAGAGCUGAAAACUUGUGUUAAGAAAGUAGAUUAUAACAUUGGAAGUUUGCGUGAAACAAUCAAAAUGGUUUUAAAAGAAGUAGAAAAGAUCAAUGAAGAAUUUUACAAUUUUUUGAGACAGCUGUUAAUCUUACGAAAGGAUUUGGAAAUAUUUAUUCCUGAUUUGAACAAUCUCAAUGAAAAGAUGAACGAGUUACGACAAAGUAUGCAACAGUAUUGUUUUUUUUCGCAGUGGCAACAUACGAGGCAAAAACAAAUCUGGGAUUUACUAUCUGUUUUUUCGGAAAAUGAAGAAAAAAAAGAAAAGAAAGAUAGUAUGUCAUACGAGAAGAAACCUGCGAACUGUUUAAAAAAGAGGUUAUCAGGUGCUGACCAUGUUAAGCAAGGUGAAGCAUUUCUCUUAAGAAUGAAAGAAAAGGUUAGCGAUGUGCAAAGUCGACAAAAAUCCUGGAAACAUCAACUCGAGACUCUUGACUGGUCAUUUUGUCAAAUCGACAAAUUUACAGGAUAAAGGAAAAUCAAUAUAACAUUAUGGAAAUACGGAGUUGGUAGCUCAAAUCAUUGUUUUAUAUAGAUUUUUGUACAUAGAAAUAAACUCCAUGUUUUUGUAA